CAUUUACUAGGGAGAAGGGAUAUCAUGGAUUCCUUAAAGAAUGAGCACUUCGACAUGGUGAUAGUUGAAUCUUUGGACUACCGUCCUUCCCUGUUUUCUGAGCAGCUUGGGAAACUGUUUGUGUCCAUGCUUCCCUCCUCAUUUGGCACUUUGGACUUUGGGCUGCCAAGCUCAUCUCAUGAUCCAGUGCACUGUUCAUCAUUAACUGACCACAUGGGGUUCUUGGGCUGAAUGAAGAAUUUGCUCAUGUUCAUAAAGCAAUGGCAAAUGCCAUCUAUGUUUGACAACACCAUCAAGGACCAUUUCCCAGAAGGUUCUAGGCCACAUUUCUCUCAUCUUCUACAGAAAGCAGAGCUCUGGUUUGUUAACUCAGACUUUGCCUUUGAUUUUGCCCAGCCUCUGCUUCCCAACACUGUUUAUGUUGGAGGCUUAAUGUCCAAACCUACGAAACCAGUACCACAGGACUUGGAGAAUUUCAUUGCCAAAUCUGGGGACUCUGGUUUUGUCCUUGUGUCCCUGGGCUCCAUGGUCAGCAUCUAUCAUAUAGAGGAAGUUCUCAGGGAGAUGAACAGUGCCUUUGCUCGCCUCCCUCAGGGUGUGAUGUGGAAGUACAAGAGUUCUCUUUGGCCCAAAGAUGUCAAAUUGGCUGGAAAUGUGAAACUGGUGGAAUGGCUUCCUUAGAAUGACCUCCUGGCUCACCCCAGCAUCCGUCUUUUUGUCACCCAUGGUGGGCAGAAUAGCAUAAUGGAGGCCAUCCAGCAUGGCGUGCCCAUGGUGGGGAUCCCUCUCUUUGGAGACCAGCCUAUGAACAUGGUUCGAGUAGAAGCCAAAGAAUUCGGUGUCUCUAUUCAGUUAAAGGACCUCAAGGCAGAGACUUUGGCUCUUAAGAUGAAACAAGUCAUAGAAGACAAGAGGUACAAGUCUGCAGCAGUGGACGCCAGCAUCAUCAUGCGCUCCCACCCCCUGACCCCCACCGAGCGGCUCGUGGGCUGGAUUAACCACAUCCUCCAGACUCGGGGGGCAGCCCACCUCAAGCCUUAUUCCUUCCAGCAACCAUGGCAUGAGCGUUACCUGCUUGAUGUACUCUUGUUCCUGCUGGCGUGCACCCUGGUCACAGUGUGGCUAUGUGGGAAGCUGCUGGGCAUGGUGGCAAAGUGGCUGUGUGGGUCCAGGAAGCUGAAGAAGACAUGA